UUCGCCUGCCGACCUCGGGCACUUUAGAGAACCGGGUCCUGGGGACCGAGCAGACGCCGCCUGUCGCGUGACUCGGCGCUCGCGUCCCGGGCCGUCGCCUCCUCCGCCGCCGUCGCCGCCGGGCACCGGUGCCAGCGCCCAUGAGCCUCCUCCGCGCAGCCGCCGUCGCCGCCGGGCGCGCGCCGCACACUCCGAUCCGGCUGCUCGCGAGGAACCUGGCCGCCAUGGCGGAGCCGCUCAAGUCUGUGGAUUACGAAGUGUUCGGGAGAGUGCAGGGUGUUUGCUUCAGAAUGUACACAGAAGGAGAAGCUAAGAAAAUAGGAGUGGUUGGCUGGGUGAAGAACACAAGCAAGGGUACCGUGACGGGUCAAGUGCAGGGUCCUGAAGAAAAGGUGAAUUCCAUGAAGGCCUGGCUGAGCAAGGUUGGGAGCCCUAGUUCUCGCAUCGACCGGGCAGACUUUUCUAAUGAAAAAACCAUCUCUAAACUAGACUACUCUAACUUUAGUAUUCAUUAUUAAUGAAAGCAAAAUAACAAUUGUAAUGCCUACAUUGCAGAAGAUAAAACAUAUUCUUAAAUUUGUAGUAGUAGGAUUAAAAAUGGGAACUUUCUGUUCUGGAAACCUCAGAAUUAUAUGUUACUAAAAUGUCUGAAAUUGAAAAAAAUGUUACCCACCUUUGUUUUUAGCAAGCAGAAGCCAAGUAUAAAAUAAAAUGUUGCUGUAAAAUAUCUGCUGUGAAGAUUCAAGCAAAACCUUGUCUUACGGAGGGAGUCACUAAUUUCAGAAAACAUUGUAGUGUGUACAUGUUAUUCAGCUAGACGUAAAAUAAAGUUAACUAUCUAAAAUUAUCCUUAAAUAUUGUUGCCUAAUAAGGUGAAUUUUAAUGUUAUCUGAAAAUAAUUUACUACUAAAGUUGAAUAAUCUGUAUUGUUAUUGAAGUCUUAGAAUGGCUAAAAUAAAUUUGUGUGAUGAUCACUGUAACGAGAAAGUAACAGCAAUAAAGAGUUAGUGUGUAAAA